CGCCUGGGCGCCGCCAUUUUAAGUUACGGCGGAAUCUCUAGCUUCCCCAGCGCAAGCUCAUAGGGCGCCGCCAUUUUGGGUUACGAACAAGAGGGCGACCCGCAGGGGUCCUUACCCCCCCCUCCCUCCCUUUAGGUGUCUUCAUAAAAUGCCUGUGGAGAAUCCCUUCUUUUUUCGUCCCGCUCCCAAGAUGGCGUCGAUGCGGGAGAGCGACACUGGCCUGUGGCUGCACAACAAACUGGGCUCCACAGAUGAACUGUGGGCGCCGCCGAGCAUUGCCUCGCUGCUCACGGCUUCGGUGAUCGACAACAUCCGUCUCUGUUUCCACGGCCUCUCCUCGGCCGUCAAGCUCAAGCUACUCCUGGGGAUGCUGCACCUGCCCCGCCGGGCGGUGGAUGAGAUGAAAGGGGCACUGACUGAAAUUAUCCAGCUCGCUACCUUGGAUUCAGACCCCUGGGUCUUAAUGGUAGCUGAUAUUUUAAAAUCCUUUCCAGAUACUGGCUCCCUUAACCUUGAUCUUGAAGAACAGAAUCCCAAUGUUCAAGAUAUUUUAGGAGAGCUUAGAGAAAAAGUAAGUGAAUGUGAAACUUCAGCUAUGUUGCCGUUGGAAUGCCAAUACUUAAACAAAAAUGCCUUGACAACACUAGCUGGGCCUCUUACUCCCCCAGUGAAACACUUCCAGCUGAAAAGGAAACCUAAAAGUGCCACUCUCAGAGCUGAACUCUUGCAGAAGUCAACAGAAACUGCACAACAGCUCAAGAAAACUGCAGGAGUGCCUUUCCAUGCCAAAGGCAGGGGACUAGUCAAAAAGAUAGAUACAACAACACCACUCAAAGGAAUACCAAAACAAGCUCCAUUCAGGAGUACUUCAGCACCCAGUGUAUUUAGUCCUGCUGGAAACAGAACUCCAAUUCCUCCUUCAAGAACACCUCUGCGCAAAGAAAGAGGAGUAAAGCUUCUAGACAUCUCUGAGCUGGAUAUGGUAGGUGCUGGCCGUGAAGCAAAGAGAAGAAGAAAGACAUUAGAUACAGAAGUUGUGGAAAAGCAAGCCAAAGAAGAAACAGUAGUAGAAAAUGCUACCCCAGAUUAUGCUGCUGGCCUUGUCUCGACACAGAAACUUGGCUCAUUGAACAAUGAGCCUGCACUACCUUCUACAAGUUAUUUACCUGCUACUCCCAGUGUGGUGCCAUCUUCCUCAUAUAUCCCCAGCUCUGAAACACAGCCAGCUGGCUCCACACGAGAGGCCUUGCAGACUAACAGACAGACUGAAGAGCCUGCAGCUCCAAAUGCUACCACAGCUCUUCCUGCACAGUUCAAACAAAGAACACCUAUGUACAACAGUAACUCUAAUCCACCUGCAGCUACACCUACCUCACCCCUAACACCUACAACACCUCCUGCCAUUGCUCCUGCAGCACAAGCACCACAAGUGGCCCCCCAAACUCAGCAACAGCCACCACCCAAAAAAAGCCUCUCUCUCACAAGGGAGCAAAUGUAUGCUGCACAGGAAAUGUUCAAGACUGCAAACAAAGUUACAAGGCCAGAAAAGGCUCUUAUCCUUGGAUUCAUGGCAGGAUCCAGAGAGAAUCCUUGCCAAGAGCAAGGUGAUAUCAUCCAAAUUAAACUUAGUGAGCAUACAGAAGAUUUACCAAAGGCAGAUGGCACUGGCAGCACCACAAUGCUGGUUGAUACGGUCUUUGAAAUGAACUAUGCUACUGGUGAAUGGACCAGAUUCAAGAAGUACAAACCUAUAACUAAUGUUUCCUAAGAGAUGCAGAAACAGCAGACUGGACCAAAUCAAGCUUAGAGUCAACCCUGUAGAGUCAAACUCUAUGAGUAUGUCAACUGUACAAAACAGCAUUCAUGUAAACAUUUCGUACUACUCUCCAGAGCAGAAGUUGUGGCUCUUCAACCUAACUGGGUGCAGUGAACACAGAAGAAGAUGGUGUCAAACUUUUUUUUCUUUCUUGUUUUUUUGUAAAAUCUUGGGAGAGGGAAAGGUGAUCUUAGGUGAGGAAUUUGUUGGUGUGGUUUUUGUUUUCCUGCACUUCAAGAUGCUGGAAAAGGAGAUCACAACUGAGAGAUUAGAGAUGGGAGCAGUUUCUUUCUGAGUGCCAGAAGGGAAGACUACUGCACAGUCAUUUGUGGUUUACCAUUAAACAAGGGCACAGGUGUUCAUUGUAAAAAUAUUUUUCUUUGGCUACACGAGUUCUAGUGUAAGAAUGGAUAUUUAAAGCACUACUGGUCAGUGCUUAAUUAUUUUGUAAUUCAGCUGCAGUACAACUAAAUAUUGCAGGUGGUGUCCAGUGUCUGAUGGUGCCCACUGUGUGUUUAGCUUAUUUAUGCUUGGGUCAUAGGAUGGAAUUGAGCAGCUUUGUUAACUUGCUAUAUUGUCAGUGUCCAUGCCCAGCAUGAAUUAAUCUAUAUUUGGCAUUAUUUGAGAUCAAGAGAAGCUGAGUGUUGUAACUUUCUAAAGAAAAAAAAAAAAUCAAAAUUCAGGAAAAAGGAAUAGUGGUGGCUUGUCACUGCCUUGAAGUGACAGCGCUUUGCCACGCAAGUCUUGGGCAGCUGUUGAUCUGUGGCUGUUGUGUGUAGCAAACCCUUUGAACAGCAUAACUUACCUGUGAGGAAGUGAUACUGUUGUAUCUCAAGACCAAUUGCAGUUUAAUUUAAAAAUGGUCCUAGAAAUGGCUGAAUGACUCACGUCUGAAUACAGAUGGUUGGGGAGAUUUGUCAUAAGGCAGUGUUAAUUCACGGUUGGUUGAGCAGUCAUAAGGUGCUUGAUUGCCAAGCCCUGAUCUAAAAAGUUUGGAGUGACUGUAAGGGUGGUUCUCACCAGUGUAGUUAUAUUGGUGUAGUCCCUAAUGUGGCCACAAUUAUACUGGCAUAUAAAUGUGCCUUAUACUUGUUCCCUUCUAGUAGAAGCACAUUUUUAUGUUUAUAACUGUGUUCACACCACUGGUAUAACCUGGCUUUACUUGUACAAAUAAAGUUUGCAUUUAUUUUGAGGGCUUCUGUACAUAGUUCAGGAUUCAUGCUUGGGAGACUUGGCCUCAUCAUUGGAAGGAGACUUGGAUUAAAUGUCUGGUUUCUGCCAGUGCUUGUACGUGGAGCUGUACUUGGUUAGGAAUGGUGCUUAGAAGGAAGAAAUACAGAGAUGAGUAGCACAAUGGUGCUGAGGGGGAGUACCUUGGGCUGACUAGAUUUUCAUGUGAAAGAGGAACUCCUCAGACAAAAUGAGGCUUUUUUUUUUUUUAAAGGAAGCAGACCAAAUCCCAUAUGUACACUUAUAUACUAACAAAGAUGUUUAGAUAAUUGAUUAGAGUCUUUUUGUGUUGGGGAGUUUUUAUUGCAUUUUAUUUUUAGUUUUUCAAACAAAUUAUCCAACAGGACAGGGCAAGAAUAGAUAAUAAGAAUCUGUAUUCUACAGUAUUUUAAAAUGUGACCAAAAGGAUAGAUUUGUUAAUUUUAUUUUAGCAAAUACACAGAAUGUUCUAGCUCCUGUAGUGGGCAAGUUACUUCAUGGUACCUGCUACUAUUGCAGGGUGUUGUGCAUGUAUUAGUGUGAAAGUUAUAUUUAACAAUCACACUGGGGGCUCUCCUCCACAUAAUUACCCCAUUUCAGAGCAGUGUAGAUUGUGAUUCUGGUUGUGAUUUUUCUUCAAACAGCUAGAAACCAGCCUGACAAGUAAGGAUGAGUAGUGGGUUUUAGUGUUUAGAAUGAGUUCAGUAGAAAUGAAUUUUCAUGGUUAUAACUUAUUUGAUUAUAGUAUGUUACACAGGUAAGGGCUAACAAGUGAAUAUGAAAGUAUUCAUCUUUUAAAGAAAGGAUUAAAGAAAAGCAACAUUCCUUUUCUUGUCUGCAUUCAGAUUUUUCAGGUUUUCUUCUGAUGACCAGUUUUCUGUAAACAUGUAUGAUACUUAUGUCUUAGCUACUCCUGCUUGUUAGAUAAUUGCAAGUAUCAAGUAUCAUUUUUAAGAACGAACCUUUAGCAAACUGGCUGACUAGGAGGUUCUGUACUGCCUUUGGAAAUUGUUAAUGCAAGACUCAACUUGAGUCAUCAGGAGCUGCUGUGGGAUGGCUCUUUUGGCUUACCUGAGAUGAAUGGAGAUCCCUCAGUCCCUCACUAAACUUUCUUAGUCUUUCAGAAGGCUGCAUUUCAGACUGUGCUGUUGGGUUGGGAGGAGCUUUAUCAAGAGGCUCUUUUAGAAUGGAGUGGGAGUUGAGUGCAGUAGUGUGUGGGAAGCUGAACCCUGCUGCUACCUGUUUGUAUUUGCUGCAGAACAAGUGGUCUCAACCAUGCCUGCUUGUCUGAAGUCAGUCAUAACAAUAAUCUGAAAUUUUAAACAGAAGCAUAGUAAAUUUUUAAUUCUAUUAAGUCAUUAGGAUGAGACAAACACUGCAAACAUAAAUUAUUUUUAAAGUGAUUUUAUGAUCCUUAAUAUCAAAGCAUUGCUCAACUUGAUCUGUGAAUCUAGGAAACUGGGUUUUUUAAAUGCCUAGAGAAAGUGAAGUCUUUGCAACAUGGGUAAAAUGAUACAGUAGGAAGUAAAACUACAUGGAGUUCUUCAGAGAAUGAAACCACUGAAUCAGUGGCUUGAAAAUAGGGAUAAUAUGAGUCACUUUAGGAAGGGCAGCAUCAACAUUUAAAUUCCAAUAUCAUGGAAUUGGUAUAUACAGAACAAAAUUUGGCCCUGGAACUUAAUAUUUUUGUCUUGCAUACUCAGUCACUUGGAUGUUAGCUGGAUUCCCUUCAAUGGGGCUCAGUGUGUGAUGUGAGUUUCAACAAAAACACUUGGCUCUGGAAUGACUUGAAAAUGUACUGACAAACUGACCAAAGUAGUAGUUUAAAGUUUUGUGUCCUUUCCUCUUUCCAUUUAUCCAAGCAUGAAGUUUUAGUAAGUAAUAAGCCCAGACUUCCCAGGUGCAUUCCAAGGCAGGAUGUCCCAGCUUCUCUUGCCUUGCACCAGUCAGUGCAGCCUAGGCAUGAUACAGAUCAGUUUAUUAACUCUGAGAGGGUGGAAUACUGGAGAGAAAAAAGCAAUGAAAGUGGCUUGUGUUUGUCCCUGUCCUGUCCAAAGAUUUUAUGCUUAGGGGAGAAAGAACACAUUCAUGCAUACCCAGGCUUCUUUAACAGUUUGCCCUACAGCACAGUGCUGGGUUCCUUUAGACUCCAAUUUCUUUUUUAAUUGCCACAAGGGACCAGAAAAAGUGAAAUGAAUGUAAUAGAGGUGAGCCCAAGAAGGAUGCUGAGCAGGACUUCUGGUCAUAGAUUGCAUCUUCUUUUUGACAGAACAUUUUCUUUCCUGUUCUGGUGUUCUGUAGUUAUCUCCAUACAAAACACUCUAGGCUUAGUAUGGGUAACACUCUAGUAUUGGGCCAGUAUUUUGUGGUUUAACUUGAUUUUCAAUGGUAGCUUUGCCAUUUAAUAUUUUGGUUAAAUACCAUAGGAUGCUGGUGCAAUGGGAGGAGUCUUUGGUAGUUGCUUGACAUCUCUGUAUGAAACUGGUCACUUCCCUCACUAAGCUGUGUCAAAGUGCAGACCACUUGUCUAGGUGAAAGAAGUUUGAGACUUUGACAUUGUACAGUUCAAGAGUGAAUCACGUUUUCAUAGUAAGAUCUGACUGAUAAUGAAGACUAAAAAAUGUUAAGCCAGAGCCCUCUGGGAAUCUGGUGCCUUUAACAAGAACUGUCAUUUUGUAAAAUGUUACAUCUAUAGCAUAGCCCGUAUGUUUUCUAUUUUUUUGUACAGUUGUAAAUUCAAAUUAUUCUGUCUUUGGGUACGUAUUUUCAGUGUAAUACAGUAUGUAUAAUAAAGAUUUAGAUUUUUCU